AUGAAAUUAUUGACGUCGGAAGUUGAUGCGGAAGCGGAAAAAUGGGACGAGUACGCCGAAAAUGAUAUUGUGAAAAGGGCAAAAGCGAUGUCCUCGAUGGCCUACAACAUGUAUCUAUUCACUAGAGGUGACGGUCCGCUGAAAACCACGCAUGAUCUGUUCACGCAAGCGGAAUUUUUUGCCGAACAAGCGAAUAAGAUGUACAAAACUGUUCGCGAGUUCUCCUAUGAGAUCCCGGGAAGUGCCGAGAAAAAUGAUUUAUCAACAGUUCUGGAGAAAAUUCCCAUACACUGUCAACAGCUGCAAGUGCUCGUGAAAAGUCCAACAGUUGGCAAGCCGGCCACAUUCUCCAAAUUUGAAAUUGAGUUCCGCGGCGCAUCGGUAGCACGACAGGUGCUCGCCGAUGAAUAUACACAGCGCAGUAGCAGGGAAUCAACUUUAUGGCGACGAACACCAUCGAUGCGUCGCACCGCACAAACUCCUGUCGCCCAGGUUUGCCGAAACUAG